AACGGUAACUAGGCACCAGUUAGUUAACGGACCGCGCCGAAUCAGUGAUCAGUUAGGGCUGGAAGAUGUCCUGUCCAUGGAUUGGUCGCAGUCCGGUACCAAGGAUGUUUGCUACUAUAAACUCCCGGACUCCACUGGACCUGGGACAGCCAAGCAAGAUGUCUUCAGUCGUCGUUGUACUCCUGGUGUGCACCCUGGCUAUCGUUACUGCGGGGCCUCCCGCCCCUCACACCCUGGAGGAGGCAGCUCACCACUUCGACAAGAUCCUCAACAACACCCGUUCCCGGGAAAACUACAUCCGGUGUUUCCUGGAUAAAGGGAUCUGCAACAAGGAUUCACUCAGCAUCAAACGUAUCCUGACUGAAGCGCUGGCCGGUAACUGUACAAGCUGUACUCCCAUCCAACGCCUGGGAGCAGACAGAUUCUUCCAGUAUCUCCAAGAGCGUCAGCCGGACACCUACACCAGACUGACGACCAAGUACCACCCUGCAGGAGCACAAGAGGAUGACGAUGACGAGAGCGACGAUAGUGAGGAUGACGAUGACGAGGGCGAGAAGGGCGUCUCCAUGAAGAUGGGAGGUUCGGGCCUGCGGGAGGAUGGAGGUAACGUUGGCCAUAACAACACCAAGAACAGCACCAACACUUCCUCCAUCGACAUCAUAUUCUGAGAACUCGACAACAGAUCACAUGAACACAAACGUCCCCGGUGGUGUUAGGGUAAUCACAGCAAUUAUGAAUGUGAUUGUAAUAUAGUUACCGUGUAGUAUUGAACUUUAGAAGCUGUAGCCAAUCAGAUUAGUCACAUAAC